CCAAGCCGGACCCCGGCAUCCCUGGCUGGAAUGUGGUGAGAGCGAGGGGAGCGGGGUUUGUGUAGGCCGCGGCCCGAGCCUGGAGCUCUCAUGGAUAGAGCUGCCUGGAGGAUGCACAGGCUCAACCGUUAUGGGUCUUUUCUGAAGCAUGAACAUUGAAGACAAACUAGAAGUCAUAUUUCUUAAAUGCAGCAGCACAAGCGAUAUGCUGUCUUCCAGGUGCCUGGCAGGGAUGGAUGGAGCUGACCAGCCCUGCCCAACAGUGUCUACAGCAGACACUGCCUUAGUGGAAAGGGUUUUACACCAUCAGAAUAUCCUUGGAAGUCAGGGGGUCUUGCAGGGACGAGAGGAGAUGAUGUCACAGCAUGACCUGAUGGUGCAAGAAGAAACCGUGAAAAAUGAUGAAGAGGAGAUGGACUCUCAGGAAAGGCUACUGCCACAGGCACUACAGUAUACACAGGUUCAUGUUAAGCAAGAAAUCAAAUUCACAGAGGAUGCAGUUCCCCAGAUAUCAGAAAACAGGCAGCUGCAGGAGCCGGGUGAUUUACAAAAGAAGAAGAAAAGAAAACAGCGCUCACCAGCCAAAAUCCUCACCAUCAAUGAGGAUGGCUCACUGGGCUUGAAGAUCCCCAAAUGCCAUGUUUGUGAGCAUUGCAACGCUGCAUUCAGAACCAACUACCACCUUCAGAGACAUGUCUUCAUUCACACAGGUGAGAAACCCUUUCAGUGCAGUCAGUGUGACAUGCGCUUCAUUCAGAAGUAUCUUCUACAGAGACAUGAAAAGAUCCACACGGGUGAAAAGCCAUUUCACUGUGAUGAAUGUGGGAUGCGUUUCAUACAGAAAUACCAUAUGGAAAGACACAAGAGAACCCACAGCGGAGAGAAACCAUACCAGUGUGAAUACUGUUUGCAGUAUUUCUCAAGGACAGACCGAGUACUGAAACACAAGCGCAUGUGCCAUGAGAACAGAGAGAGAAAGCCUGGAAAGUGCACCAGCAAAACAGGCCUUUUCCCUUGUGAGGGUGAUACUGGUUUCUCACCCACCCCCAAAGAAGGAUCGCUGCCAAAAAAGAAGAAACCAGAAAAGGGAAAAACCUUGGGAACAUGUAAUAAGGAAAGUUCUCUGGAUAAACCAGAGCAGAAAAAGAAAAAUGAUUAUCUCCCACUCUACCCUGACAGUACCAAAGUGAAAGAUGAGUAUAUGGUUGCAGAGUAUGCUGUAGAAAUGCCGCAUUCGUCUGUUGGCGAUAUACACUUACAGGAAGCAGUAUCAGGAGAGGUAAAUCCACCAAAACUGCUGCUUAAAAAGGUGAGCAGCAAAAAGAGUCUCAAGCAGGCACUAGAGCAGAGCCAGAGCCUGUCCCCACUCUCUGCAUUUGAUGAUAGCAAGGUUGCAAAAUAUACAUUUGAGCUAGUGGAUAAACAGGUGCUGCUAGACUCAGGAAGCAACUCUGAUGUGGAGCAUGGGGACCCUCUGCAAGAUGCAGCCAUCAAACAGCACAACAGCAGUGUCAGCUAUGAGGAAGCCAUGCAAUUCUCCAAGAAGAAAAGGUACUUGCAGGCAGCCAACAGCAACAGCAGGGAAUAUGCACUUAAUGUGGGAAACUUGGCAUCUCAGCCAUCUGCCACACAGGCUGCUGUAGCCAGUGUUAUGGAUGAGAGCAGCACUGCAGCGUUGAUAGAUGCCCAGGCCUUGAGUGUGGACCUCAAAGCAAACCAUGACAAGAAUGUGAUCCCAGAUGAGGUACUACAGACAUUGUUAGAUCAUUACACACAAAAGACUAAUGGUCAGCACGAGAUUUCCUUUAGCGUGGGAGACACAGAGGUGACCUCCACCAUAUCUAUCAACUCCUCAGAGGUUGGGGAGACUAGCCAGCCUGAAACUCUAGGGGUCACCUCUCAGGUGCCAUCGUCAGACAAGGCCAGCAUGCUGCAGGAAUACUCUAAGUUCCUUCAACAGGCUCUGGACCGGACUAGCCAAAAUGAUGCCUAUUUGAACAACACAAGCCUUAACUUUGUUACAGACAGCCAGGCUCUUGUCAGCCCAUCUGCUUUCCCUUCCCUGGACAAGCAUGUUUAUGCAACACUGCCCCUUAGCAGUUUUCGGCCAGGCCUAGCAGCUCCACUUAGAGUGACCCCUGAUAAGUCUCACUUUGGGCUAAUAGUGACGGACUCCCAGCACACUUUCAGUUUUGCUACAGAUGAUGUCAGUCAUACUGCUCCUGCUCCUUCAUCCUCCUCAGCCCAAGACUUUUUAGAUCAGGUAACAGGUCAAAAGAAGACAGACACACAACCUGUUCAUCAGGCAUACCAACUGAAUGCCUUUGAGCAGCCUUACCGGCCUCAAUACCAUAGCACCCGCUCUGGAAUAUCCCCCCAGUUCAACACCACAAAUGGACAGGUGAAUCUGCGGCAGGCGACCACCAGCAGUGACUUCCCAGAAUUCCCCCUGGUGAAUGUAAAUGAGAGCAGAACACAGCUGACUUCUACACCUGACACAGCAACUAGCCAGACUUUUGGCUAAUGUCUUUACUUUUCAUCUGUUUUGCUACCAGAUGAAGUAUUGUUACAGUGCAAAUCUUUACAAUUCCAUCUGGCAGCAAAUAAAGUAAAGCAGCAGUCUGUAUUAAUGAUCCUUUUUCCCCAAAGAAAACAAUGUUUAUGUGACAUAUAGUAAUGAAUUUCACUGUACACUUAAUUUCCUCUCUGUGCAGGCGCACAAGAGUAGUAAGCAUUAUAACCAGAGACUACAACAUUAAUUAUGGUUCAUGUUCCUGCUAUGUAUAACUGAUAGCUGAGUUUUUCUCUUAGUGUCUCCAGUACCAAUAGCUGUAAACUCUGUAUUCAUGAACUUUGAAAUUUCUACAAACAAAAUGAACAGGGAUGCAAUUUUUUUCUUUAGCUUUGGGUACACAUUUGGGAGAAUUAUAUUUAGCUACUGGAAAUGUACAGAGAGAUUCAGAAAACUCAGUAGUCUGCACCGUGGGGUUGGUGUAAAUUUCAAGCUGUCCUUAGAGAGUGUGCACAGUUUUGGUUACAUUAUUGCAGAGGUAUUAUUCCUCUUUGUAUGGCAAUUAUCAAGCAAGUGUACAGCGUUAUAUAUAAUGGCAUAUUGCUGGCCCUCCAUAUACUUUUCAUGACCAUUUUCACGUUUGGUGCAGGCUGCUGCUUUAACUACUAAUAGUCUGUCUUGGACAAAAUAGAAAAAAUCAUAAUGAAAUUAAGGCACUUUAGAAGAAAUCUGCUUAGAGUGGAUGCAGCAUGAAAGAAAUGUUUAUUUUCUAUUUUUUUAAUAACUCAUUCAUAGCAACAGUGAGUUUGCAAAAAUAGUGAGAGUCCUGCCAGGCUUCUAAAUGAGGUCAUGGUGUGCCCUGGGAAAUUAUUUAUCUCGUAAGGAUAACAUUACUAAACACCUUUUUAAAGCCUAUGGGUCAAGCUACACACUGUACAAGACUUUAUAGUACAGCUUUGCAAUGUGUUGCUAUCCCCUCUGGCACUGGAGUCAUUUAUAUUUAGCCCCCACAAUGGUCUUUAUAAAUGUUAGCUUUUCAUUGUUUUGUAGUUUGCCCUAUAUAUCCAAUGCCCCAGCUUCCCUUUCUUAGCUACUGCUGCUUUUAUUACUGUAUUUUCUCCCUAGAGGGCUUGUUCCCGCAAAACUGACUUUGAGAAUCUUCUGAAGGCACUUACUCUCUCAAAGAUAGUAUUAGUUUGAUACCUUUUGUGUGUAAUUGUUUUCCUGUGCAUAUUCUUUGGAUACUGUGCUGUCUGUGUAUACAUAUAAUAAUAAUAAUAAAAAUAUAUACAAAGUAUAUAUUGAAAUAUAUAUAUAUAUAUAUAUAUAUAUAUAUAUACAUACAUAUGCACACAGUAUACAUAUAAGUAUGUAUGAACACAUAUAAUUGUGUUACUAUUCAGCAAGUUCAAUUCUGAACCAGUCUUCGAUGACUGAUUAAUAAUGAUAAAGGAUAGUAAUUUGUUACAUAUCUGAUAAUUAUGUAGAAUUUGUUUGCAGUUACUGAGAUAAUUUGUUAACUGCAGCUCUUUUCAUUUCUAGGUGACUUUUUCAGUAGGUCUGAUCUUUUGAUGCACAAAAAAGGAAAAUGUUACAUAAAAUCUCUAUUUUUUGUGUGUGAUUACACUGGUUUUAACUUUCAAUGCUGAAGCAAUGCAUUGCAUGUUCUUUUAAACUCAAAUCUAAUACCAGGAUUUUGGUUUUUAUUAUAGCACUUAGCGAAUUUUGGAAUAUUUUCCAAAUACAAAAUUUUAAAAAAAAUUGUGUGUUCCGAAAUGUUUAACCUAGCAAAAAACAUAUUUUUAAAAAUUGCCCACUACUGAAAUGUAUUAAAUUUGCAAGCUUAUACUGCACUUUUACAGAAUACUUGUAGCCACCAUGGGACAAAUUUUCUCUAGCUUCCAUGCAUGUGUGUUUGCUGCUUGUGUUAAUUUUAGACAGAACAUUGUUUCUAUGAAACUGCUUUAGAGUCCAUAUAUUACACUUCCUCCAUGUGUACUGUAAAUUAGACUUUAUUUGAAUUUGAAAUUUGUUCUGAGGGGUCAUGCACAUUAUUUAAAACCCAAAAUGUUGAAAAAAACUUGGAUAAUGAAUUAUAUAUUUUAUAAGCCUUUUGAAAGACACAGCUGGCUGAUUAUUAAAGUGACGGUAAACGCUCCCUUUUAUAAAAACAGACCUGGAAUGUUAGUAAUAUUUUAGAUAGAUUUUAAUUCAUCCGUUGUAAUGAAGAUGCGCUAUAACUUUUUAAUAUAGCACUGAAAUUCAAAUCCCCCCGCACUCUCGCUGCCUUGUUCAAAGUAACAUUUCCUGUUCUCCAAUCAGCGCUCGAGCUACAAAAAAGUGCCUAAAGGCGAGAGCACUGAUUGGAGAACAGUUCAUACAUUAGCUCACAAAAAAUAUGACUUUUGAAAUGGGUGUCCAGAGCACAGGGUAUUUGAAUUUCAGCACAACUUUAAAAUGAAUUAAACUUCAUCUAAAAUAUUAGUAACAUUCUGGAUCUGUUUUUUUUUUGAAGGGGAGAGUUUACCAUCACUUAACCUUUAGUCUUCUGGAGCCCAGGUAUUCAGAACUACUAUGCCUCAAGAGAAGCUACAGCGGUGAAUAAGUGGGAAUUGCACUGCUUGCCUUAGUAUAAAUGGCACAUUUCUGACAAAACAUGUCAGCUUAUCAGAAGUUUGCAGUGAUACUUGUCGUUUUGUUCUCCUGAUUAAAGGGAUAUUGUACACUAGAUUUUUCUUUGCAUAAAUGUUUUGUAGAUGAUCCAUUUAUGUAAUCCACCUGGGAGUGUUUUUAUAACAGUGUAUAGUUUUGCUUGUUUUUUUUAUAACAUUGUGAUGAUUUUCAGACUCCUUAAAAAGCCCCACAGUGUCAGAUGUAUACAUGCGUUUAAAGACUCCUGCUGGCUCCUGUUUGUGUUAUGUCUUUUCAUAUGCGGGGGGGGGGGUCUGCUCUUCUUGUUUUCUCAGCCCCUUUCACUGGGUGUCCCAGUCCUCAUUAACAGUGCUAAACUGGGAGUUUCUAAGUAGCAGUUAUAUACAGUUAUAUGAAAAUUGGUGUACACUGUCCCUUUAAAUGUUUGUUUAAAUUUUUUUUAUGGCUUCAGAUUCAUACCAUCCAAUUUUUUCAAAACUUUUCCUUUUUCUCUGAAUUACUGCUUUUGUUGUGUUUUUAUGUCACUUCACAGUAGAGUUAGCAAAUGUAUUAUCAGUGUUUUAGAAAUUUACAUGUCCAGAUUUAUAUUUUUAGUUGUCCUGGCAUUUCAGAUUGCAAUCUGAUCGAUCUUGCAAUGUUUUAGGUGCCUCGGGUAGUGAAGGGGUUACUGUGAAGAGCAUAUUAUAUAGCACUUAAUAAAUAUAUAUAUAUAUAUAUAUAUAUAUAUAUAAAAUCACUUAAAGUGACAUGAAACCAAGAAUAUUUCUUUGACGAUUCAGAUACAAUAUACAAUUUUAAACAACAUUGCAAUUUACUUCUAUUAAUUUGCUUAAUUCUUUAGAUAUCAUUUGUUAAAGAAAUAACAAUGCACACGGGUGAGCCAAUCACACAAGGCAUCUAUGUGCAGCCACUAAUCAGCAGCUACUUAGCCUAUUUAGAUAUGAUUUCAACAAAGUAUUUCAAGAGAAUUAAGCAAUUAGAUAAUAGAAGUAAAUUGGAAAGGUGUUUAAAAUUGCAUGAUCUUUCUAAAUCUUGAAAGAAAAAAAUUUAAGUUUUAUAUCUAUUGUAAUGUCUUUAUGGGUGGGCGGGGUGUCCAUUCAAAUUGUAGUGGCAAAGCCAUGAAAUUGUAUUUUUCUCUAAAUAAUACAGAAGUUUGCACAUUCAGAGCCGCCUUGUCAAUGAGCACUUAGUAUGUAACAUGCUGCUGGGUUUAAAGUUUUAACGCAUUACCGGCUGCAUAGUGAAUAGAUUGUGUAGUCCUUGUUGCUACAAAAGUGAGCUGCAUUUAUGUUUUUUCCCAAAAUGAACACCACAGACAUUCCUGCAUCUCGCAGCAGCUACUCUGAUUCAUUGUAAUUUCUCAGCUCGGUAAUGCUUUUUUAGUGUUUUUAAUUUGUUUGUCGCUUAUUAUACCUAUCUUGUAGAUAUAUAGUCUUCAGACUGAGAAGGGUUCUACUGACCUGAAGCUUGGUGUGCUGACACUAUUAUUUGUAUUUAGUUGUUUUAUUUAAUCAUCCAAAUAAAUAAUUCACAAUUUCUAGCGUUUUUUUUGUUUUUGUUUUUUUUUGCCUUUUGAAGUAAUUAACCAAAAAUCAGCCUCGCUUUUAGUCUUGAUGGUCCUGGUAUAUUACUGUAAAAAAAAAUGGAAUAUGGUUAAUUUGUUCCUGAUUUCAGAGCUGCUAUCUUUAUACAGUCCCCAUAUUUGUGUUGUGUGGAGGAAUGAAUGAAUGAAGUUUUGUUUCGAUAAUAGGGGAUACAUGAUGAAAUGGUCAACAGUAAUAACUUAAUUGCUUCAUAAGAGCAAGAAUAUUAAUAAUUUGUAUCCAAAAUUAUGUAUUUUUUCCCCCAGCAUAUUUUUGCACAUGGCAGAUCAGUUUAUAAAAAUAUUUGUUCUGUGACACCUUCCUGCUACAUGUGCAAAUGGAACCUGAUGAUUUAUUAGCUCAGAAGCAUAACACGGUAAAUGAAGGUCAGGAUUCCUCAUCACCAGUUCUCAGGAACUACCACUAAGUACUAUGUGUAUGGAAUACAAUAAGGUAAUCAAUAGCUUCACUACAGUAGCUUUUUUUUUUUUUUAGAUUUCCCUUCAGUGUUCUACAUGAUCCUGUCCUUCUACUUGAUAUAUUCUCUUCUACACAUCUGUCAGGGAUCUUCAGUAAACUUGUAUAACAUGCAUUAAACCCAAAGAGUUGAGAAUGACAUACAGAAGGUCAACCACUCCAUUCUAGACACACACCUCAGCAAACUCUUACGCAGAGUUGCAAACUAAUAAUACAGUUGAGUAAGAAAGCUAAAUAUGGGUCUUUUUGACAAGCCUUUGCAAAGUUAAAACAUACACUACUUUAAUUUUUAUAUCAUUCAUAUGAAAGCAUAUAAUCAUGGUGCAUUUUUCACAUGAAAGAAUGUGAAGCUAAAUCUGUAAAGAUGUUUAAGAAUGGCUUGGAUAAGUAUAAGGCUAUUGUAUAUAAUCUAGAAAUAUAAACUUAUUUUUCCUCAAUGUCUUAUGUUUGUAAAUGAAACUUAAAACUAAUACAGCUGUAUAAUUUGUGUAUUUCUUGCUAAGGUUUAUUGGCUUCAUUAUUAUGUUUUCAGGCAAGAAGAAGAAGAAAAAAAUCCCCAUGAUUGAAUUUGAAGUAGGGUGUACCUAUAACUUUCCAGAGUGUGUCUAGAAUGGAGAGUGAAAACAAUUUGAGUACAUUGUUUCCUUUAGCAACACUUGUUCUGUUUUAUUACAUGAAUGGACUGACUGUCAUAGUAUAACAGUAAGAAGGAAAAUCCCCUUUUUUUGUUACAUCAGUUUGUAAGUAUUUCUCUAGAGUAGUUUUUGUGUGUAUGUAGUGUAUUUCUAAACAUCGUUUGUUUACAGUGUGCAGCUUGAGUACCUUUUGUAUGGUUUGAAUGUAGUUUUCCCCUUGCAGUCUUUGUAUGCAGGCCAGAUCAAUGUAUUAUGUCAUCAGUGGGCGGAGCUUGGUGGCCAGAAACUAUAUUCUUUUUAAAAUAUUUUUUUUACCGUUCCUACUGCAUGAUAUAGAAAGGGAUGCAGGAGGCUAUUUGCAGCUUAGUCUAAGGUAAGACUUUAAGAUUCCCCUUUAAAGGCUAGUUAGCUAAAGGUUAACUACAUUAUGUUUUAAAUCAGUAGCUGCCACAGAGCUGAUAAAAUACAGGUUGUGGCCUAGCAAAAAAGCUAGUUAGUAUAUAGAGCUUCAAUUGCUUUUUUUGGGGGGGAGGGUUGAACUCAUAGUUCACAAAGUAAUGCUGCUUUCAGUAAACAACUGCACAUUCAGCUCUAAACAGGCAUUCUUCAAGUGGAAUAAAAUAACAAAUAAAACAUGUUUAUUUUUCUAUGCGAUACCACAUGUUGUCUAUACAGUGUAUUAUACAGUGUGGAUGUGGUGCUUAAUGUUUAUUUCUGCACAACAUUUUUGACAAUCGCGGCCUGUCCGCCUGCCUUUCUGCUCUUGAAACAAGUUGCAUUCCAUGUGUUUAAAUUGUUCAUGUACAUGCUGCCUUGCUCAGUUGUGAUUCUUUUACAGCUUCUUUGAAACUAGAACUUUUCUGUAAAUAAAUGCGCAAAUAAAAGAAUCUUCUUAGUGUUGUAUUGGAUAUAAGCAAUAAUCUUUAUCCAGUAUUCUCAUGGUGCAGUUACAGGUCGUAUUCCUGCACCCCAUCACAUGGCGUAAGAGUAGCAAUUGCACACUCAUAGAUUUUCUUGCUUUUUGUUCAUUAACUUCUAGUUGUAAAAUUAGUCUGAAAUGUUGUUUUAGGCAGAACAUUUUAAGUAAAUGCUUUAAUUACUGUUUUAGAAAAAAGUCCUGAGCCAUACAUGGAAUCCCUGGCCCAGCCUAGUACGAAGCUUAAAGUAUUGGUAUCUGAUUUGUUGCAGUGGUUAUAGAAAGGCAGCCCUGGAAUAUCCUUCACAUUUCUACAUCUACAUUCUCACCUUAUGUUGCACAAUAAAAUCAUUUUUCAAGGAA